AUAUAAAUAAUUUAACAUCUGUCUUUUCUCACAACACACACAUCACACACCGAACACACAUCUUUUCAAAAUGAUAUAAGCCACCCCGUUUUCUCUUAGUAUUCAGAGCGCAAAGGUCACAUUUCAACCGUGCAGAUGUAGCAAAUUCAGAGCAAUGGAUCCAUACCAAGAAUUCCUCAUACGUGAGAUGCAGCGCUUGACAAACAGGUUGCUUGCAUGUCAAGAAGAAGUGUGGAGAAGAAGAACAAAAGCGAGUCUGACAUGUCCUCCGUUUCAACCACGUGCACCACGUCCAACGUCUUAUUGUCUCCCUAGUCCUGCCAAUCGUUUCUACAAUUGUAAUCGUCCUGGAUGUGCUUGUAACAAACGUUCUAUUAGCUGUCUUUCUACACAAUUGACUCCUUUCCAGUCGCAAUCUAUGCUGCGUAACAAAACUGUUUUGCUUCCAGCAGAACUUACAAAGUAUGAACAGAGGAUACAGAAAAACACACCAAAGACAAGUUAUCAGACGGAGUCGAAAGAAUCUGACAAAAUAAUAUUAUCUCAAAGAGAAAGCCCAUUUGAAUCGACCAAUCGUCUGAUGAAUGUGCAGACUGAACCAUCGAUCAGCCCAACAGAUAGCAUCGCAUUACAUUUAACUGCCCAUUUUCCAAAUCAAAAUCAGAAAUACAACUCUCUGACUAAAUACAAUCCUGCGUCUAGUAUUCUGACUACGGCCAACCACCAAGGAACAAUAUUCCAACAUUAUAUGCCUAUAGAAACUAGUAGGUUGUAUAAAACCCUCAAUAUGUCUUUAGGUAAUAUGAAAGCGCAGCAGUUUAAAAAUCAAACAGCUUCAAAUUCAACAAUACAACAAUCAAAUAAAAUUACAGUAAUGCCAACCCAUGAUCAGUAUAAAGAGCAGCAGCAUAAUAGUAAAUUGGUCGUCUUACCAGCUAACAUAAUCUCAGAGAAUAAGAAUCUAUGGGUAACAAACAAGGGCGACACAGUGACAAACAAAGUGAAUAAAAUGGUUGUAAUGCCGAGCCAGCAUUCGAUGAAAACGUUAGAACAAGAGCCCAAAGAAAUUGUUGGAAAGUCAAAAAUAAUUAAUCACCAGAGGGCAAAACAAAACCCUCCCUCGAAAUUGCCGCAAAGGAGCAAUGAAGCAAAACCUCGUCCCAAAUCUAAUAUCGCCACUCAUUUUGUGGCUACAUCACCCAGUGUACCGUCGGCAAAUCUGACAAAAACCCAGUUGUCCCUAGCACCAUCUUUUUUGACUAGAGAGAUGAAAAAACACAACUGUCUUUCUAUGCCUCCCAGAGUAAAGAAUAUAACUUCAAAGACUCAAUCGAGCCACAUGAGAAUAAAUAAGGAAUCAAUUUUGCCAAAUUACCCUACACUUGGUACAAGUUCAAACCAAAACUAUCUCAAUCAACAAUCACGUCAAAGCCAGCAAUCAAAGAGUGCGAAUUCCAAACACUCAAUUAGAAUGUCAAAUAAGGAUCAAAAUUUCCAACAUAAUCAAGGGACGAUUACAAAUUUUAGUUCAGAUAAUAUUUAUAAAAGUAGUCAACAAAUGAUGGACCUACCGAAACCGAGGCCGAAGAGCUACCACGGUCCUAAAAAACAACCAGUAAAUACUAAACAACGUCCAAUGACCAAUGUUGCCUCGAAUCAAGGAAGGGUGCGGCCGAAAUCACAUGCGAUCAACUCAAUGCAAACAGUGGUGCAUGAGGAUUCGCGGAAAAUAAAAACUGCUACUUCAAAUAAAACUGUGAUGAAAAUUCCUAGCUCAAAGAAAAUAGCUAGUUCUCAAAAAGUGAUAACCUAUAUAUCGUAACAAAAAAUAUCAACUAAAAACCUGGUACAAUCAAAAUCUCAAGGCAGAAAUUUCAAACCAGGCCCUAAACAAUUUGCUAGAACUAAAACGAAGUAGUCACCACUGAAAAUCACAACACAACUAAAGUAUAGAAAUAAAAACACAUUACCACUUUUAUUAAA